AUGAAGAACAUCGGAAGCUUGGCCAUGCUGCUCCUCGCAGGAGCUGGCUACGUGGCCUCCCUGCCCGCCGGCGACGUCCAGCAGCAGAACCAGGUCCGUGCCGUCGGGUACGACACCUACCACGAGAUCCUCGCCCGGGAGCCUAAGAAGAACAAGAACAAGGGUGGUGCUGCUGCUGCUGCCAACGCAACAGCCGCCGCUACCGGUGAUGCUGCCGAUGCUGCCGGUGGAAAGAAGGCCAAGAAGGGCAAGAAAGCCAAGGGAGCCGCCGCUGCUGCUGCCAACAACGCCACCGCAGCUGCUGAUGCGGCCGACGCAGCUAAUGCGGACGCCGGAGGCAAGAAGGGCAAGAAGGGCAAGAAAGCUCAGCAAGACGCCGACGCCGCUCAGGAUGCCGGUGCUCAGGCAGCAGGCGGUGAUGCUCAGGCAGCCGGUGGUGACCAGAUCACCCAGCUCCUCGAAGGUCUCGCUGGCGGUGCUGUCGGAGGCGGUCAGGCCAAGGGUGGCGCCGAUGCCCAAGGCGCAGAUGCUGCCGGUGCCGGUGGUGUCGGUGACAUCCUCAGCGGCCUCCUCGGUAACCUGAAGGCUCGUGACGAGGACGCGACGCUCGAGGCCCGUCAGGGCAAGGGCAAGGGUGGUGGCAAGGGCAAGGGAGCCGCCGCUGCCGGUGCCAAGGGAAAGGGCAAGGGAGCCGCAGCCGCAGCCGCAGGUGGUAAUGCUAAUGCCGCCGCCGGUGGAAACGCCAACGCAGCAGCAGCUGGAGGAAACGCAGCCGCAGCAACCAAUGCGAAGAAGGCAAAGAACGGUGGAGGCGCCGCAGCCAAGGCAGCAAAGGCAUCCAAGGCCGCAGCAGCUCAGGCAGCCAAGGCCUCAGCCGCCGGUGGUGCAGCUAACGCCAAUGCAAACAACGACGAUGCCGCCUCAGGAAACGACGACGACUUUGUCAACCCUGCCGCGAGCAACGGUGCCAAGGGCGAGGCCGCCGCUGCCGCCGCCGCCAGCGCCGUCGCGAUCGGCCCUGGUGCGCUGACCGGCGAUGCUGCCUCUGCCGCGCAGACGCCCGCUGCCAAGGCCAACGGCGGUGGCAAGAAGGCCGCCAAGGGAGCAAAGGAUGCUGCCAACAACUAA